CUGUUUCUCGAUAGAUUCUCCUCCGGAUGUAUUCCGUCCUGCCAUCGGAAUAUGUCUCCUCUGCAAGUCAGGGCUACUUAUCCAUCUUGGAUUAGGGUUACCAGCGAGCUCUUCAUUUCGCGAACAACACUGUCUCAAAUCUCUGAGUUUUCCUCUUAGUUCUCUUCGAUUUCUAUCCUAUAUUGGAUUGCGCUUAUGUGCUGAAACAAACCCAGGUGCUCAAUUUGUAUAGUAACACAUUUGUAAGAUGGCUCGUGAACAUGGUGUUGAGGUUCCAGAUGAUCAAAAGCCUAGUAAAACUAGCAGAACGGGGUUUUUAUGGCUAUCCUUGUUUGUCCUCCUGCUAAAUGGCUCCUGGGCAGUCUAUUUUUUUCAAUAUAAUAAUCUCCCUAUGCCCUUAACAGCUGAACAGGCAGGUAAACGGGGUUUUUCAGAAGUGUUAGCCUUGGCUCAUGUCAAGAAUUUGACUGAAUUUGGCCCUCAUCCUGUUGGUUCUGAUGCUCAUGAUCUUGCAAUACAGUAUGUUUUGUCAGCAUCAGAGAAUAUCAAGAAGUCAGCUCAUUGGGAGGCCGAUGUCCAAGUGGAUCUUUUUAGUAGUAAAACUGGUGCAAAUCGACUUGUUGGUGGUCUUUUCAAAGGGAAAACGCUAGUUUAUUCUGACCUGAAGCAUGUUGUAUUGAGAAUCUUGCCAAAGUAUCUGCCAGAAGCAGAAGAAAAUGUUGUUUUGGUUUCUUCUCAUAUUGAUACGGUUUUCUCGACGGGAGGAGCUGGUGACUGCAGUUCAUGUGUGGCUGUGAUGCUGGAACUUGCUCGUGGAAUAUCUCAAUGGGCUCAUGGAUUCAGGAAUGGUAUCAUUUUCUUAUUUAACUCUGGAGAAGAAGAGGGUCUUGAUGGUGCGCACAGUUUUAUUACGCAGCAUCCAUGGAGGAACACCAUACGCUUUGCUAUUGAUUUGGAAGCCAUGGGAGUUGGAGGAAAAUCUAGCAUUUUUCAGACUAGUAUGCCGUGGGGCAUUGAAACUUACGCCAAUGUGGCAAAAUACCCAUCUGGUCAAAUAAUUUCCCAGGAUCUGUUUCUUUCUGGAGCAAUUAAAUCAGCUACAGACUUUCAAAUUUAUAAAGAAAUUGCAGGCCUUCCUGGUCUUGAUUUUGCGUUUGUAGAUUCCAGUGCUGUAUAUCACACAAAGAAUGAUAAGUUGAAGCUGUUGAAGCCGGGAUCUCUUCAGCAUCUUGGGGAAAAUAUGCUAGCAUUCCUGAUUCUGCUUCAUGCUGCCAGGUCUCCAGAUGUUGGCAAAAUGACAGUAGAAUCAGAUAGAAAAGAAGAGAGCAAGUCCAUCUAUUUUGAUGUUCUGGGAAUGUACAUGAUUGUCUACUCACAGCGACUCGCGAGCAUGCUUUCCAAUUCGGUGAUGCUGCAAGCUCUUUUAUUAUGGACCACUUCAUUGGUUGUGGGUGGUUUUCCUGCUGUAAAAUCAUUUGUACUAUCUUGUUUUUGUAUAAUCCUAAUGUGGCUGUUUUCUCUGGGGUUAUCCGUGUUAAUUGCUUUUAUAAUACCUCUAAUAUCUUCCUCUCCUGUGCCAUAUAUUGCCAACCCGUGGUUAUUAGCUGGUUUGUUUGGUGCGCCAGCAGUACUUGGUGCCAUUUCUGGUCAGCACAUAGGCUUUAUAUUUCUUCAAAAACAUCUGAGGAAGGCCAUUCAUGAAAGAAUGGAAAGUCUCUCUGUCACUCGUAAAGAAAACUCAGUGAAAUGGGAGGCAGAAAGAUGGGUUUUCAAAGCAGGAUUAAUUCAGUGGCUUAUACUUCUUUUUAUUGGCAACUUUUAUAAGGUUGGAUCUUCAUAUUUAGCUUUUGUUUGGUUGGUUUCUCCUGCUUUUGCUUAUGGACUUAUGGAAGCAACCUUAUCUCCAGUGAGGCUGCCAAAGCCGCUUAAAAUUACUACAUUAUUUCUGGGUUUAACCAUACCUUUUCUUCUGUCUUCUGGUGUUAUUAUUAAGUUGGUGGGAACAAUAACGGGUACCUUGGUUCGGUUUGAUAGGAACCCCGGUGGUACCCCCGAGUGGCUUGGAAGUGUAAUACUUGCAGUAUUCAUUGCUUCAAUUGUCUGUCUAACGCUGGUCUACCUCCUUUCAUAUGUUCAUAUUUCAGAUGUCAAGGGAUCAAUAGUGCUUUCAGUUUGUGCGCUGAUGGGAUUAUCAUUGAUUGCCAUCGCAACUGGAUUUUUUCCUACAUUCACUGAGGACAUUGGUCGUACUGUUAAUGUUGUGCAUGUUGUGGAAACCAACAGCUAUGCUCACAAUCAGGAACCAUCUUCGUAUGUUACGUUAUUUUCUUUGACUCCAGGUAACUUAGUGGAGGAAUCCAAGGGAUUGAAGGAUGAGGAAUUUGAUUGUGGAAGGAAAACUACUCUUGAUUUUAUUUCCUUCACUGUAAAAUAUGGCUGUUUAAGCUUCAAGGAUACUGAUGCUGGAUGGAAUAAGUUGGAGAUUCCUUUACUUGAUGUUGAAAGUGACUCCACUGCUGGUUUUCGAACAACACGGGUUUUGGUCGAUACUAAACACUCCAAGCGAUGGUCACUUGCCAUCAACACUGAAUUAAUCACUGAUUUUUCGAUUGAAGUGGAUUCAGAAGAAUUGGUACCAACUGACGAAAAGAGCAGUGUAGAUGGAUGGCAUAUCAUUCAAUUCUCAGGAGGGAAGAAUUCUCCAACAAUAUUUCAUUUUAACCUCAUAUGGAGAAAGAAUGCUACCCAACAUAAUAAUUCUGAGAACUCUCCUCUUUUGUUAAAAUUAAGAACAGAUGUUAACAGAAUCACACCAAAGAUUGCUAGAGUUCUGGAGAAGCUUCCUCCCUGGUGCUCCCUCUUUGGCAAAUCCACUUCCCCUUACACAUUGGCCUUUCUAACGAGCCUUUCAUCUAACUUCUAAAUUACUUGUAUUUUAUGGCAUUAACUUAUAAAUGUGAUAUUUUCAUAUAUGUCCUUGGGUUCAUGGUGUUAAUUUCAAUUAUUUAUGUACCUGUGAAUUGAUAAGGUUCUGUUGGAGGAGAUUUGUUUUUUCACUUGUAAUUUUGCUGAGUUUUAGCUGAAUGUACCCAGAAGAGAAUAGAGAAUUUAAGGCAUGGUAGUUGAAGUGCACUUCUUUUUUUCUCUUU